AUGUCGAGUUUAGCAAGUCAAAUAAUUAGUGUUCUUGAUUGUUAUGAAGGUCGAGAUGCUGCUAUUACAUUUACACUUUAUUUUUGUUGUUUAUUGAGUGGUUUUUAUUCGUAUGAAUCAAAUUUACAUCAAUCUUUACAACGAAUAUAUAAACGUUUAGAAGAUUGUCGUGUUGUCUUACGUCUUUAUGAUGAUUUGACCAUUCUUCGAGAUUUUCUUACUUAUGAAUUAAGACCUGGUGAACGAAAUAGGAUAGUACGCUUCUUAAAAUGUGUACAUUAUCUUUCAUGGCUUAGUUAUUAUCCAUCUGAACAUAUUGGUUGGCUUGGAGAAAUGAAUAUGAUUGAUGUUGAUCCAAAUUUAUGGGACUUCUUGACGAAUUUUUUUUGGGCAUCAGCAUUAAUUACUUCUGCACUUUGGAAUGCUUGCGUAUUUUUACAAUAUAUGACUCAAAAGCGUUAUAGUAAAGAAAAGAAAGAAGAAGAGAAAAAAUCGUUUAUUCCAUGGACAGCUGCUCGUAAUGCUAUAUUAGCAACUGUUCGUGAUGGUACUGAGUUUAUGGUUGCUGUUAAUAAUCUACCUCGAGGGUAUUUAUGGGCCUCAACAUUAACAUUGAUUCAAGUGGGCAUGUUCGGUACUUGUUCUGCUUUCGUACGUCUUUUUACACUUUUCAAAUUUGAUCCUACUCAAUGA